AUGGACUACUACCUUCAUGGACAGUACCUCCACAAGGAACAAUCCAUUAUCCCAAAACGGGCCAAGAUUCGUCGCCUUUCUAUAGAGGCAUCUCAACAGACCUCAAACACCAACAAAACCCAGCUUGGACGUCGUGUCCACCAGGAGGAAGAGGCCUCAGUGAGUCCGAAUAAGAUUUGCUGCCUUUCUGCUGAGGUAGGAAAGCAGGGGAAUGGAAGGGGCUCCAUGUCACAGAGCAGAAUGGACCCAGGGGACACUUUCCUGCCUGAAGCAUCCCAACAUGCUGUGGAUACUGGAAAAACCCCUCCUGGACAUCACAUCCAUCUGGGAGGAGAGGUCUUGUCCAGACCGGUUGAGAUUCACCAUCUUUGUGCUGAGGCAAGAAAGAAGCCCAUGCCUGGCUCAAGCCAAGCACCAUCGUGUAAGAUGCAGACAUGGAGAGCCAAGCAUACUCCUGCCCUACGGAGGAAGAUUGUGGCAAAACAAGAGCCUGCUUCCAAGGAUGGCCAGGCAGUUGCAUCAACCCCUUCCCAAGGAUCCUGGCUUCUAUUUCAGGAGUCGCAUCAUAGGAGAGACACCAGAAAAUUAACUCUUGGGCAUCAUGCCCUUGAGGAAGACAUCUCAGGGAAUGUGGCCAAGAGGUACCGCAUUUCUGUUGAGGCAAGCAAACAGCCCAAGCCAGGCUCAAGUCAAGCACCAUCGUGUAAGAUGCCAACACGGAGAGCAAAGCACACUCCAGCCCUUCGAAGGAAGAUUGUGGCAAAACAAGAGCCUGCUUCCAGGAAUGUCCAGGCAGGUCAGGAAGCCCCUUCCCAGGGACUCUGGCUUCCACUUCAGGCUUGGGUCACUCCAGAUCCCAGCCCAGGGAUGUCGGGGAGGGGCACCAGCAGGAGAAUAGAGGAAUUGCCUCGCCCAUUGGAGAAGUUGAACAGAGACAGCGGCGAAGCUGCCGUGUCAGGGAAGCAGCUGGGACAGGCAGAGACUCCUGCAAAAAAAGAGCCUGCUUUCAUGGAUGGCCAGGCAGUGAAACCAGCCCCAUCCCAGGGAUCGCCAAAGGUGCAGGAGAGACGAGCCCGGAGAGACAUCUGCUUGCUGCCCUGGGUGCAUUUUAGAGCAGCUUGUAGAGAAAGCCUGGCUAAGUCCCCCCAAACAUCCACUGAGGGAUCGCCAAAGGUGCAGGAGAGACGAGCCCGGAGAGACAUCUGCUUGUUGCCCUGUGUGCAUUUUACAGCUUGUAGAGGGAGCCUGGCUGAGUCCCACCAAACAUCUGCUGAAGCCUGCCUCUUUCCAGAUCCAAGCCCCAGGAUGUCAGGGAGGGGCACCAGCAGAAGGACCAAUGAAUUGCCUUGUUCAUUGGAAGAGUCGGCAGGAACAGUUUGGAGUCCUGGUGAAGCAAAAGCGUCUGAGAAGGGGAUGGUCCAGUAUGUCCUGGAGUCAUUGCAAAAGAUUCCAGGCAAAAACUUUGUAGCUUGGCACAGCGUCCGAAAACUGCUGUCCUUGACACUGAAGAAAAUCCUAGGGGCUGUACUCCGGCAUUUCCCACACCCCACCGGGAACAUAGACUGGGACCCACAGCCACCAGCUCCCCCCCGGAUCUGGUCUGUAGGGCAUCAAGUCUGGAGGAGUCGAUGUGGGGGGCUGCACAGUGUAGGGAGGAGAGAGCAGCUGUGA